AUGAGCUUCUUUUAAAUUUUGUUGUGCGGCGAGGAUGUGAAAAUUUUAAAUAUUGCGGUAUAGAUGUAUACCCACAUAUAUCAAAGAAAAAGGUAAAAAGUGAAUCUUCUGACUAUAUAUAAAUAUUCAGAGGAUAUGUUAGAUCAAUUAUAAAACCAUGACAAAUUUAAUAUCAAAGAGUAUAAUAUAUGAUUGGGUUAAAUUUAUUAAACUACAGCAAUGGAACUUGAAAGAUAAUUUAUCAAUUGGAUCACAUAAUAAAUUAAUUGACUUAUUGAAUGAUAUAUUUCAACCUCAUGCAUAUAGUUCACAACCUAAUUUAAAUCAUUUUAUAAAGCCAUUACUGACGAUUAAUCAAUUGAAUGGGAUUCAAUCGGGAUUUCACUUUUUAUAUUGUAAUCAAUCCAAUUUACAACUUGGUCAUGAUGGAUAUGAUAAUUAUCAAGCUCCAUAUGAUAUUCUGAAUGGUACUUCGUUAUAUUUAAGGAGAAUGUGGGUUAAAGGAGAUAUCACAUUUAAUCGAACCAAUAUUGAAAGUAAUGAUUUAAUUGAAUGUGAAGAGAAAGUAUCAUCAGUUAGGAUUGUACAAGAUUCUGUGUUUGUUAAUAUAAUACGAGAUUUCAUUAAUAAAAAUAAAGAAAAUUCAAUUUUACAAGAAUCAAGAACUUUGGUAUAUACUAAUGAGUUAUAUAAUGAUCCUCCUAUAACCACUAGUUUUAUAGAUUCCCAUUUAACUGAUUCAAUUGAUUUAAAACUUUCUCAACAAGAUUUAUUGAAAUAUAGUAUGAUGACUUUCAAUCUUCAUAAAAUCCAUAUAAGUAGACAAUAUUCAUGUAAUGUGGAGAAUUUAUCAAAUUUGAUAAUCCAUGGACCAUUAAUGAUUACAUUAUUAUUGCAAUGGUUUGAAAAAGUAAAUCAGAAAUCAAUCGUAUCGAUUAAUUAUAAAAUUAUACGACCAAUAUUUAUGAAUGAUGAAUUUAGUUUAGGGUUUGGACCAGUGGAAGGUAGUAAAGAUAAUAGUUAUAAUGUGGUUAUAUAUAGUAAAAGUCUAGGGGUGAAAUAUUUAGAUGGUAUAGUUAAAGUGGAGUCAUCUUAGAUGUUAAUACUACAUGUAAAAUGAUUUGCAGUACUAAUACAUUAUAAUUAGCGAGGAGUCAAAUGUAGUGAAGAAUUUAAUGCGCUACCAGAUCUUAAUUCUUUAAUUUCAAAUCACGUGAAUGCUCACCAUAUUUUUUUAUUUUUGUCUGUCUGUCUGUCUGGUUUAGUUCAGUUUUGUCACAUUGUUUUUGUUUGGC